AUGCCCCUUCCUCACUGCUGUCGCUGAGUAUCCUCCAAACUAUCACGAGGUCAUGCCCUCCCCUAUGGUCAGAGGAGCAAUUGCAGGGGUUUCUAUAGCGGCUGGUAUUGCGCUCUUCAUGGUCCUGAAAGAGCGGGUGUACGAACCACACAUCGCUCCGUACUUGGAAAGUCUGGCAGAGGAAUUCAUCGCAAGGCGUCGUGCACAUCGUAUGCGACAGGCUUCUACUGCUGCUGGUUUCAGUCACGGCGAUGUGGCGGAUCGAACGCCGCUUUGGGACGCACAAGAUGAAGAGGAAGAUAGGCAUGCAGCACGCGAGCUUGAAUCGCUUGUUGGUCGAGAAGUGGAUGGGUGGCGGAAUUUGAGCCGUCGUAAAGAGAGCAGCGGCCUUGUGAUCGAAGAAGCGGCCGGAGUACACCAAGACUGGAAUUGACCCCAUGAUCAAACUUGUUCCUGAUGCGACGUCCCGAAGGCUUAUCGAGGCGCCCUGAAUGUAUGUAGUGGGUGUAGGCUACUUGGAUAUUGGGUCAGAGACUGUAUUUAUGUAAGUUACA